AUGGCUUCGGUGCUGUCGGCCUUGAUGAUGGUUGUCGUGGUGAUGCUGGCGGGCGCCGGGCGCUGGACGUGCCGGUGCGAGUUCACGGUGGUGGUGCCAGACUCGGGGCCUCUGUUGGACGCGCCGCAGCCGGGGUUCUCGGACCGGGCGCGCACCGACCCGGCCGAGCAGCGCGCCGUGCUGGACGUGAUGGCGGCCACAGGCAACGGCUGGGCGUCGGGCAUCGCGGACGUCUGCCGCGGCCGGUGGCACGGCAUCGAGUGCGUGCCCGACCGCGGAGACGUCUACCACGUCGUCUCCCUCUCCUUCGGCGCGCUCUCCGACGACACCGCCUUCCCAGCCUGCGACUCGGCGCAUGCCACGUUCUCCCCUGCCGUCCUCGCGCUCCCGCACCUCCGAUCCCUCUUCUUCUACCGUUGCUUCUCGGCCAACCCGCAGCCCAUCCCGGCAUUCCUCGGCCGCCUCGGCCCCGCGUUCCGGUCUCUCGUGCUAAGGCAGAACGGCCACGUCGGCCCGAUCCCGGCGGAGAUCGGGAACCUCUCGGCGCUGCGCGUGCUCGACCUCCACGGCAACCAUCUCACCUCUGCCAUCCCGGCAACAGUCCAGUCACUGAACCACCUCCAGCUGCUCGACCUCAGCUACAACCGGCUCGCCGGUCAAGUGCCCAACAUCAGGUUCCGACACCUCAGCAUCCUGGACCUUAGCCACAACGCCCUGCAGGGUCCCGUCCCGGCCAGUCUCGGGCAAUGCCUGUCGCUACUGAAGAUUGACCUCAGCCAGAACCGCCUGGCCGGCACGAUACCGGACGCACUCGGUGACCUGUCCGACCUCAUCUUGCUGGACCUAAGCCACAACGUGUUGUCCGGACCGAUCCCGUCGGCGAUCGGCAGGCUGUCAACGCUGCGGUCGCUGAUCCUCGGAGACAACCGGAUGCAGUUCUCGACGGUCCCCGGAGACUUCUUCACGGGGCUCAAGGCACUAACGACGCUAGUUCUCUCCGGCAUGGGGCUGGAAGGAUCAUUGCCGGAGUCGAUAGGGGAGCUGAGCCAGCUCCGUGUGCUCCGGCUGGAGAGCAACGGGUUCACCGGCGUCAUACCGGCGAGCUUCCGGCGGCUGGAGAAGGCGAGCGAGCUCCGCGUGGACGGCAACCGGCUCGUGGGGCCGAUACCAUUCGGCAAGCAGAUGAUGUGGAGGCUGGGCAAGAAGCUGCGCGUCGGCGGCAACGAGGGCCUCUGCUACGAUGCCAAGCAAGAAGGGCUGGAGGGCGUCGUAGCGCUGGCCGGAGUCGCGGACUGUGACAGCGUGAGGAGCCGCACGACGCAGCACUUGAGCUGGAAAAGUAGCGGCGGCUACGUCGGCCCUGGCGGCUUGACGGCUAACGCGACAUCAUCGGCCGCAAAUUCUGGCCGCAACUGCGCGGGUGUCAGGAGGAGUGUGCACGUUUUGCUGGUCGUUUUGGUGUUUUUGCAGCUUGCACUGUUGUAG